AUGUACAAAAUUAUAUUUUAAUAUCAAGAAUAAUUGCAAAUACCUUAACUUUUAUAAAUUUAAUUCAUGUAACUAUCGCACGUCCAUCGUUAUUGAUACUCACAUCACUCACAACGCUCACAACGCUCUGGCCACAUUAUUGCGUCGUCUACAAAACAAAUUGCAAAAUCCAAAAUACUUCCAUUCGCGGGAAGAGAUCGGAGAUCGGGCUCCCAACAUGGAAUCGCCCACCUCGAAUUUGGUGGCCAGAGACUUCCAGGUCACUGGCGUCUCGCGCAGCGGACGCGUCCGCAAAAAGUCAUCGAAGCUGUUGGAUUUCGAAUCCCCGGAGGAGAUCGAGAAGCGUACGCGCCGCCACAGCACUAGCAGGCAGCCGGCCAGGUAUACCUCACGCGGCCGUCCGCCCAACAUACUCCGCGAUGCGGAACUUGACCAGGAGAUGCUUCUCUUUGACCACAACGUCUCUGAGAACGAAAGUACGCUGGCUCCGGGACCGGCUCCCACCGCUGCCGCUGCCGCCGCCGUCAUUCUCAACUCCGACGACGAGCUGGACAAUCUAGUGCAGGAUCUGGUGGACGGUGUUCAGGCGGAGGCCACCAACAAUGAGUCCCCCGUUCGCCAGAGCCUGUACAUGCGCGAGAAGGCCAACAACAAGCGCAAGGUGGUCACCGCCAAGGUGCAACGCAAGGACAAAGGCAAACAGCGCUACACAGCCUACAGCCUGUGGGCCAGGGAUGUGCGCAAGCGAGACCUCCAAGAUAUGGACUUUGCCAGCGCCACCAGACGCCUCAGCGAGCUGUGGGCGAACGUAUCGAACAGGGAGAAGAACAAUUGGCGGCGCAAGGCCAAGGUGCAGGCGACCAGGGCCAGGUCGCGUGAGCGAACCGGCCCGAAUAGCAGCAGCACGGCGCCCGCCCAUCAGCAGCCCACCAGCAAUGGGAGCACGGCCCAAGAGCCGAUCCACAACGAGACUAUCUUCCAGAAUCGGGCCACGACGAGUCGCACCCGAAAAUUGGCCGCCGAUCGUCACCAAUCCUCGCUGGAAUCCGCUGCAGCGGCGGCGGCGGCCGCAACGGCAUCUACCACGCAGAGGCGCAGCAUUAGCACACGGAGCGGCCGGGGAAACGGUACUGCUCAGUUGGAAACGGAUGCGGGCGGCAGCAGCAGCAGUAAGACUGCAGCGCAGCAGCUGGAGGCCCCGCCGCAGCCCACCAGCAUCGAGGCAAUCGAUGCGGCGGCUCACCUGAAGCUGCUCGGCGAGAGCCUCACCGUGAUUGGGGAGCGUCUGAAGAAGCACAACGGCCAUGUGGCCCUCUCGGGCAGCCUCUCAGUCCUGCUGGACAGCCUGCUCUGCUCGAUGGGGCCGCUCCUCUGCAUGACCACCCAGAUCCCGGGGCUGGAGAACAAGGCGCAGCUGUCGCGUAAUCUUGCCAACACUCUGGACAACAUAGCCUACGUGAUGCCGGGACUGUGAGGGAAUGGAACGGGCUCUUCCCCUCCAGGCAGCUGUGCUUCCGAGGGAAAGCUAGCUAUAAGUUCAACCCCUCCUACACCCAUCCCCCACUAAGUAUCCCUAGUUUCUAAGCUAUUCGUAUCUCGACCUUGAAUAAGUAAACCGAACUGCAUAAGAGCUCCUCUGCCGAGUGUUUCUCUUUCUAAAGGAAA